AUGGCGAAGGCACAUCUAUCCGAUAUUCGAUCUCUGAUUGAUCGACUGGGGUUUGGUAGCGUACGGGCCGGCCGGUGCCUCCUUCUAGCGAAAGAAUGGGCACGGAGACCUCCUUGCAAAAAAAAGCGUUAUGGAAUGGCCAACUAUCCCGAGUUCCACCAAGGCUUGAAUGUGAAAGAGGACGAAUGCCUUGAUGAGUACGACCCCCGGUUCGCAUGGGAGAUUGCCGGAUUUCCUGGCGUUGGCCCAUAUUCCAUGGACAGCUGGCGAAUCUUUUGCCGUGACGAGCUUCGCGGAAAGGCGACUGACUGGAAAGGAACUGGUGCGCCACCUAGCUUACCUAGCUUCCUACCCGAGUGGAAACAAGUCGUGCCCAGAGACAAGGAGCUAUGUGCAUAUCUCAGCUGGAUGUGGCUUAAGGAGGGCUUUAUUUGGAACCACGGCACUGGAGAAACUACACGGGCCAGUGGGAAGAUGAUGCGAGCGGCCAAGAAGGGCCGCGUUGCUAUGGUAGAGAUUGGGGAUGCAAUGGGCAUUUCAGAGAUUACAAUUAAGAAGGCAGAGAGAAUGGAUUACACGAUGCUUAAGUUGGGCUUGUAA